AUGGGUAAUCUCUGCUCCACCUCCAAAAACGAAGCCGAACCCUUCUCCCGCCCCGGCCGCGUCCUCGGCUCAGCCGCCAAUCCCCCGCCGAACGCCGCCCCGCGCGCCCCGCUCCCCGCGAAAUCAAAAGCGCCGUUCAAAUCACCGGGGAGAUCACUAGGCGAGGCUGCGCCGGAGGUUCCAGGUGCGGAGAGGGCCGAUGCGCGGACGAAUGCUGCGAUUGCGGCGCAGGUAAGUGACACUGUGGAGCGAAGCGGAGCUGCUCUUGUAUGUGGUCGCUGGCUAACUGGAGAGUGCCAGAAACGAGCCGAGUCGGCGGCGAAGGCCCAAAAAGGUAAAUUAGGGUCGAAACUGGCGGCGCAAAAAGCUCAGACGCAGGCGAAAACCUUGAGUGAAGUGAGUAGGGAGCAGAUUUCUGCUAGGCAUAUGGAUGAGUCGAGUGAGGCGAGGAGGUGGAAUUGA